AAAGAAUUUUCGAAUCUAAGUUUUUUUUCGGAUUAUUUCAGUUAUUGCCGUUUUCUGCUUAGCCAAGUGCACCAAAAAAACCGCAACCAUGGAUCCAGCACUGCUUCGCGAACGGGAGGCCUUCAAGCGGCGGGCCAUGGCAACGCCAACCGUCGAAAAGAAGGCCCGUACCGAACCCAGCUAUGCCGCCCCAAAGGACCCCAAGAAACCCAGACCGUCUAUCGCUCCACCCAAAAUCGAUGCCAGCAACUACAAAACCAUGUCCGGAAGUUCCCAGUACCGGUUCGGGGUGCUGGCCAAGAUCGUUAAACACAUGCGAUCUCGUCACCAGGAGGGAGAAGAUCAUCCGCUCACGCUGGAAGAUAUUCUGGAUGAAACCAACCAGCUGGACAUUGGAUCCGGCGUGAAGUCCUGGCUGCAAACCGAAGCACUGCGGAAUAAUCCCAAGAUCGAGGUUACACCCGAGGGGCGCUACGUAUUCAAGGCGGUGUUCAGAAUCAAGGAUGGUAAAAGUCUGAUGCGACUGCUGAAACAGCACGAUCUGAAAGGACAGGGUGGAAUCCUGUUGGACGACGUGCAGGAAUCUCUGCCGCACUGCGAGAAGGUCCUGAAGAAUCGUGCCUCGGAAAUUGUCUUCAUUACACGGCCGAACGACAAGAAGAAGGUCCUGUUCUACAACGACCGGACGGCGAACUUUCAGAUUGAUGAAGACUUCCAAAAGCUGUGGCGUGCCGUCACGGUGGAUGCCAUGGACGAUGCCAAGAUCGAUGAGUAUCUGGAGAAACAGGGCAUCCGGUCGAUGCAGGAUCACGGUCCGAAGAAACCGAUCAUUCCGAAACGCAAGAAGGCCCAGGCCAAGAAGCGGCAGUUCAAGAAGCCGAGGGACAACGAGCAUUUGGCCGAUGUGCUGGAAACGUACGAGGAUAACACGCUGACGCAGUCGAAUGCGGUGCAGGAAAUUAAGCAGAAAAAUUAAGGUGGGGACUGAACUAAGGUUUAUUGGGGAGAGUGGGACUGUGAUGUUGGUUGAAUAAAUUAAAAUAAUCUUAUCUUUUA